AUGCUCUACUGUCACGAAGUUGGCACCCCCCAGACUCAGGACGUCUUGGUGCUUGAAUUCCCAACUGAACCGACAUGGAUGGCCCAUGCGACUGUGACAGAUGAUGAGAAGUUUGUCGUCGCCAGCAUCUCUCGAAGCUGCGAGCCGACAAAUAAAUUGUGGAUUGCCGCGCUGCCUGCCGCCGGUGCACCAAUCUCGGCGUUUAAGGAGCUGCAAUGGGUGAAGGUGGCUGACGACUUUGAGGCCGGCUUUGAAUAUGUAGCCAACGAUGAAGGCGUUUUCCUCUUCACGACGAACCGGGACGCCCCCAAGAACAAAAUAGUUAAAGUAGAUAUCGCAAAACCAGACGCCCCAAUGGUGGAUGUGGUGCCGGAGGCAGCAGCAGUGCUUGAGGAGGUGGUGGUAAUUGCACGAGAUCAAAUGGUUCUUCAUUACACUGAAGAUGUGAAAUCACGGCUAUAUGUACACCGCUUAGAUGGACCGCGCGUCAAGGCUCUCGAAAUACCCGUUGGAUCCGUUUCAGAGAUGUCAGGAAAGAGGAAAUUCGAUCAUUUCCUCUUCAGCAUUACCAGCUUCGAUACACCCAAAGUGACGUACGACGUUGAUGUCAGCGGGGGUACCUAUGACCUCUCCGUCCUCAGACGCACUACUAUAGAUGACUUGCCUCUGGAAAAGCUUGAAGUCACCCAGGAGUUCUACACUAGCAAAGACGGGACGAAGAUCCCCAUGUUUUUGAUGCGACAGAAGGGGAUGCCGCAACGCCCCCAGCCAAUGCUGCUCUACGGAUACGGAGGAUUCAACAUUUCCCUGACCCCUUACUUCUCUCUCGCCUUCGCUCUCUCCGCUCUGUACUUGGGGUUGGGUUUGGCCGUCCCCAAUAUAAGAGGAGGAGGUGAAUAUGGCGUUGACUGGUAUAAAGCAGCAAUUAAAUCGAAGAAACAAGUCAGCUACGAUGAUUUCCAAAGUGCCGCGGAGUAUUUGUUUGCCAAAGGUUACUCAAGUCCCGACCAGCUAGCCAUCAUGGGGGGCUCUAACGGCGGGCUGCUCGUCGGUGCUUGUGCAAACCAACGGCCUGACCUCUUUAAAGCCGUAGUUGCAAAGGUCGGCGUUAUGGAUCUUGUUCGCUUCAACAAAUUCACAAUCGGGCAUGCCUGGGUCAGCGACUACGGCAACCCGGACGUUGAGGAAGAUUUCAAGCACAUAUAUAAGUAG